GCCCUUACGUGACGCUACAACCGGCAGUACUUCACACUCCAUCGUUACGUAAGCGAUUCAUCGCCGACACUUUCCCAAACAGCUCUUAGCGUCUUUUUCAUUAACAUGGAUCCAACAACCGCAAAAGAGUCUGAGAAGACAUGCGUCUUGUGCUGUCAAGACAUCGACAUCUUCGCUUUGGGUAAAUGCGAUCACCCGGUGUGCUACCGCUGCUCCACCAAGAUGAGGGUGCUCUGCGACCAGAAGUACUGCGCCGUCUGCCGCGAGGAGCUUGACAAGGUGGUGUUUGUUAAAAAACUGAAGGCCUUUCAGUCUCUGCCCUAUCAGCAGUUUCCCUGUGAGAAGAGACAUGACAUAUAUUUCAUUGACGAAAUGACUCACUCUCAGUACAGGCGUCUGCUGCUGUCGGAGUGCGUCCGUUGUCCAGAGCCGAAAGUUUUCUCCAGAUUUGAGGAGCUGGAGCAGCACAUGAGGAAGCAACACGAGCUCUUCUGCUGCAAGCUCUGCUCCAAACAUCUCAACAUCUUCUCUUAUGAGCGGAAGUGGUAUAAUCGUAAGGAGCUGGCCCGGCACAGAGCGCACGGAGACCCGGACGACACGAGUCACCGAGGGCACCCUCUCUGCAAGUUCUGUGACGAGCGUUACCUCGAUAACGAUGAGCUUCUUAAGCACCUGCGCAGGGACCAUUACUUCUGUCAUUUCUGCGAUGCAGAUGGCUCACAGGAGUACUACAGUGAUUAUCAGUAUCUAAGCGAGCACUUCAGGGAGAGUCACUAUCUCUGCGAGGAAGGACGCUGUGCUACAGAACAGUUCACCCACGCGUUCCGCUCCGAGAUCGACUACAAGGCCCACAAGGCUGCAGCGCACAGCAAGAACCGAGCAGAGGCUCGGCAGAACCGGCACAUCGACCUGCAGUUUAACUACGCUCCGAGGCAGCAAAGGAGGAACGAAGUUAUGGUCUCAGGCGAGGACUAUGAGGAAACGCGGCACAAUCGAGGAGGACGAGGAAGGCCUCAGAUGGGACAGAAAAGCUGGAGGUACUCCCGAGAAAGAGAAGAAGAAGACAGGCAGGUUGAGGCAGCUUUAAGAGCGUCGAUGGCGAUGCAAAGACAAACGGAGCGAGCCGCAGCGCAAAGACAAACGGAGCGAGCCGCAGCGCAAAGACAAACGGAGCGAGCCGCAGCGCAAAGACAAACGGAGCGAGCCGCGGCGCAAAGACAAACGGAGCGAGCCGCAGCGCAAAGACAAACGGAGCGAGCUGCGGUGCAAGAGAGGAGCACUUCCAAACACUUCAGAGAAGAGAGGGCCAAGAGAGUAGAACCCGAGGAGCCCAGACACCUGACAGGACAGCUCAAAACAAUGAACAAGCCCCCAGUUAAAACAAUGAAGAGCUCUAAUCCAGGAGAUGAAGAUGACUUCACUACUUUGGGAGCCCCAGCUGUAGCACUAAUCAUGAAGCCGGGUCCAGCAGCGCCUACUGCACCUCUGAAGGAAGAGGAGUUCCCAAGUCUCUCGAGUGCUGCAGUUACAUCCCUGAUGACCCCCGCUUAUUCUGGACAGCCUAAAAAGACUUCAUCUUUUCAAGAGGAGGACUUUCCCGCUCUGGUGCCUAAAGUCCGCCUUCUCAAACCUGCAGCAAGCUCCAACUCAGCAUGGUCCAACAGCACUGCAGUGGCUAAGCCUAACCUUCAACUUCCUCCUCCCUCUAGAGCUCCCCCUCUUCUUUCAGCUGCACCCUCUGGACCUCAGCUCCUCUCUUCAUCAAACUCCUCAUGCAUCCGCAAGAAGAAGAAAGUUGGUGAGAAAGGAAAAGUAGCACUUUCUCAUUAUCCAUCUCUAUCUGACGAUGACAGUGUAGGAAUGACGCAGCAGGAGUUCCGCUCAGUGCCCACCAUGCUGGAUAUCUCCUCCCUGCUCACUGUUAAAGGAGGCGACAGCAAACCCUCUGUGACCUCAUCCUCCUCAAAUCCAACUCCAAAUACAGACAUCCCCUCGUCUAAAGCCAGCAAGAAGAAGAAGCAGAAAAAUGCAGCGGCCUCCUCUGCGCCCACGGUAUCGGGAAUGGCAGGCUCUGUAAAUGCAGUUGCAGUGGAAACGGCUGCACAGAAGGAAAAUGUCCCUGAGAAAACCUCGAGCAAACUACUCUCCAGCACUGUCACAGCAACCUCAACCAGCUUAUCAGCCAGUGGUACUGCUGACACGACAUCAGCUGUUUGCAGAGAUUCACCGGGGGUGACCCUACCACCUGGCAUAGGUCCUGCUCCAGAGCCAGAGGAAGAAUUCCCUGCUCUCAUGACCAAGAAACCUCCUCCAGGGUUCAAGACCUCCUUCCCAGUGAAGGCCACAGCAUCGAGCCCACCCCCUGCCGUGCCCCCACCCCCACCUGGACUGGGAAGCUCCGCUCCAAAGCCGCCCCCAGGCUUCACAGGAAUCCCCCUUAACAGCAAUGUGGUGGAGCCUGCAGUCGGCCUGCCCCCCAAGGUGCCGACUAAUGGUUAUUUGGUGCCGGAUGACUUCCAGCAGAGAAACUUGGAGCUUAUCAAGUCUAUUAAAAAGUAUCUCCACAAUGAUGAGUCAAAGUUCAACCAGUUCAAAAAUUAUUCCGCCCAGUUUAGACAGAGCGUGAUCUCGGGCGCCCAGUACCACAGCAGCUGCAAGGACCUGCUCGGAGACACCUUCAGCAGCAUCUUCAAUGAGCUGCUGGUGCUCCUACCGGACACUGGGAAGCAGCAGGAGCUCCUGACUGCCCACGCAGACUGCAAGGCGCUGGAGAAACAGUCCGGCGCCAGCGGAGGAAAGAAGAAUAAGAACAAGAAGAACGCCUGGCAGAUGCCGGUCACAGCGGCCAACACAGCGGGCGACCUGGACUGCCAGGUUUGCCCCACCUGCCGACAGGUUCUGGCCCCCAAAGACUUCAACUCCCACAAGACCCUGCACAUCACUGAGAGCGAGGAGUUCCCUUCCUUGCAGUCAAUCAGCCGUAUCAUCAGCUAGCCCCUCCCCUCGGUCUCCUUCUGCUCCGUUUGCCAUUGUGGGGUCAAUAUUUCAGCUGUCCCUGCAGCUCUGUGAAAGCCUUGCAGCGAUGCAGAAGCCAGCGUGCCACAACAGCAGCCUGGAUGCUGUUAAACCCAGAGGAGCCUGAGGCCUCCCUUUGAUUAAGAAUGGCGUUGGUUGGUGGGGUUUUUGCGCUUGGAUGAAUAUUAUAUUGAUGGGUUGGUCCAAAUGGUUUUCCAGUUCGGCCGACAUCCUUUCAGGAUGUCUCCUGCUGGCACUUAAACUGAGAGUGUCUCUAAUCAGAACUUUAAAUAUAACAGAAAUGGAGGAAGUUGUGUUGCUGCCUAACAGAGAAUUUUUUUUAAACGUUGCUUUUUGGUUUCACUUAAACAGAGAACCGCACUUUGUCUUGUUGACUUGGGUUAAUAAGAGCAUGCAUGGCAGCGGUGCUGCUUGGUUUUACAACUAAAACGUGUUCAGUUCCAAUAAUCAGCACUAUGUUCAUUUAAAUAUAGCUGCUUAAUGCAGAAGGCGCUCCGUUAAUGGUGCAAAGAAAUUAAUGAAUUGAUUUUUUUUUUUUUUUUUUCUUGAUGUGAAAAUAAGCUGCUUCUCAUGUCUGUUCAUAUUUCAAGUGAUGUUUUAAUCUCCACACUCAUUCCGUACGAAUCCCAAUCCGGUAAGCCUCGGAGGUUUGUCCACCAUCGCUGGGGUUUCAAAAGAAAACAAAAUAAACACAUCUACAAUCCAGUACUACUUUUUAAGAAUCGCUGGGAUAUAAGACUGUUGGUUAUUUUCAGUCACAGCUUUAAAUUAUUGCACAUUUUGUUGUAAUUUGUGAGACUGAAGAAAUGUAAAUAUGGUCGACGCUUUUGUUUCUAUUUUAGGUUUCUGGAUUUGUCUGGUCCAAAAUCUGCCCAUAUUUUCUGUCUGGAGAUCAUACAUCAAUGCGCUGUUUUCCAUCAGCAUCCAAUAAAGCUGGCUGCAUUGUACAGCACUGUAUCAA